CUUCCUCUCUCUCUCUCUGUCUCUCUCUGUUCAAAUCUUGGAUCUUUCCUUUCUCUUCUGUCUCUGCCGACUCAGGUUAUGGCAGCAUCCAUGGCGUCGACGCUUAUGCAUGCGGUUCAGUACGACAGCUACGGUGGAGGAGCUUCUGGUUUAAAGCAUGCGGAGGUUCCAGUCCCCACUCCAAAGAAAGGUGAUAUCUUGCUGAAAUUGGAAGCUGCUAGUUUAAACCCAGUUGAUUGGAAAAUUCAGAAAGGCAUGUUUCGGCCUCUUUUGCCCCGCAAAUUCCCUCAUAUACCUGUUACUGAUGUUGCUGGAGAGGUUGUAAAAGUUGGACAAGGGGUCCAAAAGUUCAAACCGGGCGACAAAGUUGUGGCAUUUCUCACCCACACUAAUGGAGGUGGACUGGCUGAAUUUGCUGCAGCUAGUGAGAGCUUGACAGUUGCCAGGCCACCUGAAGUUUCAGCGGCUGAAGGUGCAGGCUUACCUGUUGCUGGUCUCACAGCUCACCAGGCUCUCACCCAAGCUGCAGGGGUCAAGCUUGACGGAUCUGGCCAGCAAAAGAACAUAUUGAUUACUGCUGCCUCCGGUGGUGUGGGUCAGUAUGCAGUCCAACUAGCAAAGCUCGGAAACACUCAUGUUACAGCCACGUGCAGUGCUCGUAACAUCGAAUUUGUCAAGAGCUUGGGGGCAGAUGAGGUUCUCGACUACAAGACCCCAGAAGGAGCAGCUCUGAAUAGUCCAUCUGGUAGGAAAUAUGAUGCCGUGGUCCAUUGUGCAACGGGCAUUCCCUGGUCAACUUUCGAGCCUAAUUUGAGCGCCAACGGGAAGGUUAUAGACCUUACUCCUAGUCCAAGUGCCUUGGCUACUUUUGCUCUGAAGAAACUCACCUUCUCCAAGAAGCAGCUGGUGCCACUGUUCAUGAGUGCCAAGGGUGAGAACCUUGAUUAUCUUGUCAAGUUAGUGAAGGAAGGAAAGCUCAAGACUGUGAUCGACUCGAAGCAUCCUCUGAGCAAGGCUGAAGAUGGUUGGGCUAAGAGUAUUGAUGGGCAUGCAACUGGGAAGAUAAUUGUGGAGCCUUAAGUAGACGAACUAAAACUAUAGUGGGAUACAAACCUCACGUACUUGAUGGAAGUUGUUUGAUACAGAUGGUUAUGUUUUGUGUAAUAUAAAAUUAUAUAAUAAUGUGGGGUUUUAUAAUCCUGAAUCAAUAUUGUAAAUAUUGAGGUUUGGAUUAUAUAUUGUUCUUUUGUCAUGUU